AUGGAUCUCAUUGGCAAGAUUUAUCUAGCCAGUAGCAAGCAGCAUUGUUUUAUCAUUGUAGCUACAGACUAUUUCACCAAAUGGGUGGAAGCCAAGCCCAUUAAAUCCACUACAUCUCAAGAAAUCAUCACCUUCAUAGAAGAACAGAUUGUACAAAGGUUUGGCAUUCCAGAAUCAAUCACAACAGACAUGGGAUCUUCUUUCAUAUCUGGAGAAAUGCUAGAUAUGGCAGAAGCAUUCAAAUUUAAGCUACUUCAAUCCACCCCUUACUAUGCUCAAACUAAUGGACAGGCAGAAUCCAGUAACAAUGACAAUCUUACUGGAGAAGACUACUCUCAAGCCAUGCUGCUAAAGCUAGAAGGAUUGGAUACAAGUAAAAUUGACACCCUCAACAAACUUUUAGCAGGAAAACAAGCUGUGUCAAGGGCCUACAACAAAAGAGUUAAAAACAAGAGUUUUGAAGAGGGAGAAAUAGUCUGGAAAGCAGUUCUACCCCUUGGAACACACAUAGCUGGUUAUGGAAAGUGGUCACCUACAUGGGAAGGUCCUUUCAUAAUUAAACAAAUCCUUAGAAUGGGGGCAUACAUAUUACAGGAUCGAGAUGGAGAUGUUCAUGCUGCACCAAUCAAUGGCAAAUGGUUGAAGAAAUUCUGCCCAACCAUGUGGGAUUCACAGGCUCUACAAACAGAUCCUGGAAUAGAGAGGAAACAAAAUGAAACUGUUAUCUAA